AUGCAAGGCUCCGAGGAUGGCGGUGGCGAUGGUGAUGGAGGCGGUCAUGUGGACACACUGAGCACAGAGGAACUAGAAUGUAAGAUCUGCUUCUGUUCAUACAGCCUGGGGAGUCGAAGGCCAAAGGUACUUAAGUGCUGCCACUGUCUGUGCGCAAAGUGCCUUGCAAAUAUCAUAGACCUUGGGGAGUCAACAACCAAUACUGUGGUGUGCCCCUUCUGCCGGACCAUCACCAGAAUGCCAGGGGAAAUGGUUAACAGCCUGCCAGAUGACUGCAACAUGGUGAUGGCACUGGCACUUCAGAGCAGGAGGUUCCACUGCUACCCAGAGACAAAUACAGAGUUGGUCCUCAGCCCAAGACAUCUUAGCUCGCUGAUGGACAGGAACCCAAGUCUGACAACACAUUCCUCUACUUCCUCCUCCACCACUUACUCCUCCAUCCGAGGCUCCCCAAACAUUGUGGUCAUCACCAUAAUGGAACCACCACCUGUGCAUACCUCCAGCCAGGACUUCCACCUUCACCACCAGCUUGGAUACCACACGCCGAUCCACAGCUAUCACUCAUCCAGUCUAGACUCAUUGGCGUCCAUCACUCAGAGGUGGAGAGUGUGGAACUGUGCUGCCCUUUUGUGGCAGACAAUAGCCAGGGUCUUGGUGUGGGUGCUGGGAUUGCUGUACUUCAGCUCGCUACCGAUGGGGGUUUACCUGCUCAUCAUGCAGAGGACCACUGUUGGGAUGGUCCUGGUGAGCCUGGUUCCUGCCAGUCUCAUCAUGAUCAUGGUCUAUGGGUUCUGCCAGUGUAUCUUCCAUGAAUUGUGGAACUGUAUGCCACCACAAUGGGGGUGACAUGAAUAUAUGAAUAUGGAAUUGUGUACUCUGGACAAGUCAGACAAUAGACCUGGAA